AGUUCAAGAAAACUGAGGUGAUCUUUCUGUUUUUGUGUUGGGCACUGCACAACCCAACCCACCCCAGGAUCCAGCUCUCCUAAGAUGCUGCCCUCACCAACUGGUCCCUGCCAGACUAGCAGUCGCAGCCUGGUCUUUGGUCUGGGCCAUGGCAUCACCAGUGAGGAUGGCAUCAUCACCGGCACCAAACUGCCAACUGGUCGUCAGAUCUUACGCUGCAUGCUAACCAAGAAACCAGGUGCAAACAGAGCGUUGUCGCAGUUCGAGGCAGCCAAGGUUGUUCUGGAGCAUGUGCGGCCAUUUUACAAGAAAGCCAACAUCCCAAUGGUGAGCGAUAAGCGUGCCUGCCACAAGAUGGUAGACUUAGUCAAUGCUAACAACAAGCUGCGGAAAAUCUCCCAGGCCAAGCGCUCCAGUGAGACUACAGCGAAACAAUUGGAGAAAAUGGAGUGCAGACAUGAUGCCACAUUUCCGCUGUGGCCUCCAAAUGUUGAAAAGCUGAUUGAUAACCCAGAAGACCUAGAUUUCUUGGCCAGCAUGAAGACCGACAGAGUGGCCACAUUUGGUGUAUUGGACAAAAAGCUGCAGCUCAAGGUGAAGCGGCGAGAGGAGCGCCAAACUGCUGCAGCAGCCAGGCAGUCCCGCUGUGAAAAGGAGCUGGAGGAGAUGACGGAAAUGUCCAGCUUGGUGUCGGAGAGUGAUGAGGAGCCAGAGGAGGAUACUAACACAGUCUGUCCAACAUCUGAGGGCGAACCAUCCCACAAGCGUAAGAAGACUGGAACAAACGUCUUCAUUCCACAUGACAUCCUUAGCCGACCAAGUGUCGUGUCACUGGCUACUAGCUCUUACCAUUAGGCCCUGUUAGUUGCCAGUGAGUUAGCCACCAGAGAGGGUUUGUUCUUUU